AUGGCCGACGAUUUCGAUUACGACCUGGACGGCUUCGACGACGACGCUUGGCUAUAUGUGGACGAUGAGUUUGACCUGGCGGACGAGCUCGCCGAGGGUCAAGUGCCCGAACCUGGCUAUGCAGGUAACAAUGCCGAGAUCGACAACGACUUCUACGAUUACGAAUUCUACCACUACUGGGACGACCUCGAGUAUGGCGAUGAUGCAUAUUGGGACGUUGGAUUGUCUGGUGAUCGGGACAAUAAAGUGGGCGUCAAGAGGAAGCGGAGCGAGUUGAAGAAGACGGAGGGCGUGGUCGACAAGAGGGGGAGGACGAACUCAUUCAAUCGCGAGGCCUACACCAGGGAGCAAGAUCCUCUGAUCUUCUGCAGUCGCGCUGAAAGAAAUCAUCCUCGAAACCCCGACAUGUUGCGCAAGGGCACAGCGGCAUUCUCAUUGCUUCCCGACUGGCGCAAGCGGUUCGCGCGUGAGGAUGGAUGGGUAGACCACAAGGAGAUGCCAACGGACAUGAAGAGGGCGGCUGAAGCUGGCGUAUUGGAGUCGCCAAUCAAGAGCAGACAAGCUGGAAUCACACUGGAAGAUGACGGCGACGAGGAUUGGGAAGAUGAUGAAGAGGAAAACGGCGAGGAAGGAGCGCCGACGCUGGAUCUUGACAUGCUCAAGGAAGUUCUUAAGCAGAAGCUGGGCGAUGCUGGGCUGGACGGCAUGGAUGAGAAUGCAUUCAUGGAGACCAUUACAAAAAUGCUAUCAUCGGGGAAUGAUGCAGACGACGCAGCUGGAGAAUUGGCGAAUAGUCUGCUUGGCAAGCUGACCUCAGACUCUGAUGCCAGCGAGGGUGCAGCUCUCUCCGGCUGGCUCUCGCAACAAGGCGUUGCUUUGGGAGAUGCAAACGAGGAAGACGAUGCAUCAAGCGUUGCGACAGUGGAGCUGCCGGCAAGUCAUAGACGCGCAGCGGCGAAGGAGCAAGACCGAAUCACGGACAUGGCCCAUGAAGCACGGCGGGAGACCGCACGGAAUGGCGUCAGCUUCGAGAUGGCAUCGCAUGCCGCAUCUCCGGGUAAGGGCGUGUCAACAGCACGAAAGCGCACAGCAGAGGCGGUGCUGGAGGGGGAGAAACCCGCCAAACGGACCAAGAAGGUCGCUUUUGAUGUCCCGCUCACUCCGGCUGAUCCUGCUACAUCUCCUGCAGAUCAAACGGAAUCAUUGUUGACCAGUGAAGACCCGCUCAUGUCAGCACCUACCCUCGCUUCAGAAUCCAUCACCGCCAGCAGGACUUCCACAGCGACGUCCAAACGAGCCGGCAGUCAGCCUACGACAGUCGCACCUGCAGCCAGAAAGCCCACGAGCACUUCUCGCAAACGAAAGGCAACGCUUGAAAAGGAGCCUCCGCCUGAGAAGAAGACGCGUACCAGCACCAGAGCCGCGGCCAAACCGCAGCAGAUUCCCGAUGCGACGGACGCACAAACGAGCGACUCAAGAUCAACGAGGAGCAGGGCCACCAAGAGAGCAAAAUGA